UGUCCCGGAUGAAAAUAUCUAAACAUGACUGCAAAAUAUCUUUUGGUGAUAUCUAUUCUUAAUGUUCUUAACGUUUCUUCUGGGCUAACAGUUGCAACUUACAAUAUCUGGAACGAGAUGUUUAACUGGGAAAUGCGAAAGACACGAAUUGUUGAAAUGAUCAAGGAUUCACAGGUAGAUGUCAUAGCUUUGCAAGAAGUCAGAGGUAGUGAAAGAUUGACCACAAACAACCAGUUAGAAGAAUUACGGACAUUGUUACCUAGAGAGUACAAAUGGUCCUACUACAAAAUGGCUACUAAUGUCACGCUUCUGGCUGAUAUGAUUGAUGCUCCCAGGGGCCAAGAAGGUAUUGGAGUGAUCAGCCGAUGUGAGAUUGUGGACAAAACUGUGACCUCUCUGCACCCAAAUACACAGAAUCCAGACAAGAACAGACGCCUUGCAGUCAGUGUGCGAAUCAGAGAUGCAGCUGGGCUUAUCUUUGACCUGGUUGCUGUCCACUUGUCAUAUUACAGGCAGCAACAAUGCGAGAAUAUUGCAGAUGUGCUUAAUUUUGUUAAUAAAAGAGAUAUGCAGAAUGUGAUACUGUUGGGUGACUUCAACACUUACAAUGACUAUGAAUGGCCUGUGAGGUUGGUGACAGAUAAGCUGGACCACAACAACCCUUGUACACGCCUCAUCAACAGCAAAUGGCCAAGCAUAAACAAAGGCUUAUACAAAGAUGCAUGGGUAUCUGCCAAUCCAGAGGAGAAAGGUCAUACAUUCAGUAAUAUGCCAACUCCGGGAUUAGAAAGCCGUCCAGACAGAAUCAUUGUGAGCAGCCAUCUUCAUGUGAAAUCAGUGAAGCUUCUAGGAGUUGGUUCAAGGUACAGGCAGAGAUAUGAGGGCGCCAUCCAUUGGUCCAGAUUUGUAACCGUCGUCCAAUCAGCAUGGCUCUCUUAUCAUGGAAUAUCAGGGUAUCCUUGCAGACAUGACUGUGGACCUCAUGGCUCGUGUAUUUGUGGGAUUUGUGUUGCUGUGGGCAACGAGAACAACUGCAGGUUGCCAAACUGUGAACAGUGCAAUGAACAGACGUUUAAACGUGGUAUAGUCAUAUUUGUAAUAUUUUUAUUAUUUCUUGUCCAUUUAUUUCAUUCAAUUUUAGCAAUAUUGAGCAUAGGUUCUAGUUCAUAUGGCGAUGUUGUCUAUUCAAUACUUGGAUUUAAGUGUUGCCUGUUUAAUCCAAAGUUAUGUGAAACUCAAGCUAAAUUCUCUAGGAAAACAAAUGUGCUUUUACGACAUUGCCAGAAAUGGCCGAUAUUUCGGCUGCCUCCAUAUUGGCAGCUUCUGCUGUCCAUUGUUUUGUUUAUUUGUUUAUACAUGUAUGCAAAAAAUGUACUUGUGAAUGUUAUCGAUAUAACUUACAAUAUAUUGGCAGAGGAAUUUUUUCCUUCUGAUCAUAUGAUGGUUAUAGCAGAUGUAUCAUGAUGUUGAAAAUUGUCAUAAGUUUGUUAAAAAGUAGAAAAUAAAUAUUUUUUCUUUUUUGUCAA